AUGUUCAAUAGUGUUGCUGACAUUGUUUUUAUGCUUAGCUUCAUACAUUUCCAUUUACUUAAUUCCGUUUCUUUGUAUCUCUUUGUUAAUCCAUUUCGUUUUUAUAUUUUACUUGUUUGUUCUUUGCAGAGCACUCCAGUUGGCACAACAAUCUUCCGCCACAUACAAGCGCUGGACAAGGAUGCUGGUGUUAAUGGACUCGUUGAGUAUUUUAUUGUUGAAGGCAAUACGAAUACAACCGAAGACGAGAAGAUGACAAUUGCCGAUGGUUAUGGCAUAUUCGUAAUUUCCUUUCCGCAUCAAGGGCAGGUGACUAUAGCCAAGACGUUGGAUUACGAGAAGGUGCAACGUUACUAUCUAACCAUUGUCGCAUCG